GCGCAUGCGCCGGAACACCGGUCCCCUCUCUAGGGGCGUCCGGCCUUGCCCUGUAGAGCAAGUUUUGUAUCCGGGGGUAGAGGUCAAUCCCAGUACAGAGUCCCGGAGACUUCUGGGCUGGGGUCUGGUGGGAGGAAGUGGUGGUUUCGUUCAGCCGUAGCACCCCCCCCCCUCCCGCACCGCUUGCUCUGGCCGCAAGGGAUGGAUGAGGAUGGGCUGCCCCUCGUGGGCUCUGGCAUCGACUUGACCAAGGUUCCAGCUAUUCAGCAGAAAAGAACUGUGGCAUUUCUAAACCAGUUUGUGGUUCACACGGUGCAAUUCCUUAACCGCUUUUCUACUGUUUGUGAAGAGAAGUUGUCAGCUCUAUCUCUCCGUAUCCAACAAAUUGAAACGACGCUUAACAUUUUGGAUGCAAAGUUGUCAUCUAUUCCCGGCUUAGAAGAUGUCAAAUUUGAAGUAUCGAGUGCAAAUAUGAACAGUGUUACAAAUGGUCCCAUUCCACAAGCCACUACAAAUCAGCACUCAGUAUCUGUAUCUCCUCAGUCAGAAAAUAGCAUACAUGAGAUAGGACAACAGAAAACAGAAGCAGCAGCAGAAAAUGUCAUAACUGUAGCCAAGGAUCCAAGAUAUGCCAGAUAUCUCAAAAUGGUCCAAGUGGGUGUUCCUGUAAUGGCAAUAAGAAACAAAAUGAUUUCUGAGGGGCUAGACCCAGAUCUCCUUGAGACACCAGAUGCCUUAGUGCCUGCUUGGGGAGAUGAAGUGAAUGCAGAAGAAAGUUCUGACAGUGAAUCUUCAUUUAGUGACUAAAGAAACUGAUUUCUGCCUUAGACAACUUCUGAUAAGUUGCUAUAUAUUCGGCGCUUUUUACAUUAUAGCAGGAGAAUGGUAAAUAAUUAUUCAUAUGGCUCAAACAAAACCAAACACCUUUUUUGGUGCUGAGGUCCUCAUGUUUUCUUCCAGGAAGUUUAACAGACAAACACAUUCAACCGGAACUAAGAUCUCAAUCGGUAUAGCUCAUAAUGCAUUAUCACACGCUGAGAAGGCCUUAUACAAGAUGCUUCUGUCUUGCAGAAGUAAAAAAUACUAUUUAUAUUAUUAAACUGUCAUUUGUGAAACUCUAAUAAAGACUUUGGUCUGAUAUGGUUAGACUUGUAAUUUAA